AGAGAAGAAGAACAACGGAGGAGGAAGGACUCAGUGCUGAAAGACAAGAGAGGAGGAGGAGGUGGAAAAAGAGGAGGAGGCAGUGAACCACCCACAGAGAGAAAGUUUCCUCGCUCAGUGUUUGUAUUUCUGUGCUGAGACUCGCUGACGACGGAAAGACUGAAAGCAAAGAGGAAGACGGCGAGAUGGACAGAUCAGAGCCUUAAAGUUCAGGAGCAGACCUACAGAGGUGCAUCAUGGGAACGUCUUAAGUCCACAGACGCAGACCUGAACGCCUUCGUCCACUGGUUCCACCUCCACCACACCCACCCAGCAUGCUGGCCAGGUCAUCCCAGAGAAGGAGCUCUCCUGGUGGGGCAGGAGGGCUGCUGCUGCUCCCUCUGCUCCUGGGACUGAUGAUGAUGAUGAUGGUGGUGGUGAUGGAGGCGGCGAGCGUCGAAGAGGUGGAGAGUGAGGAGAGUCAGGAGAUCCUGGAGGAGGACGAGGCCGUGAGCACGGAGAUCCUGGAGCCGCUGUCCUCUGAUCUGUCCAGAGUGUCUCCUCUCAGCUCCUGGUUGAUCUUCAGAAGAAACUCCAACAAAGGGGACAACCGAAGAACCAAAGGGUCCAGGAGGACCUCGAAGCAUGGUCUUCCAGGACCUCCAGGACCUCCAGGACCUCAGGGGCCUCCAGGCCCCCCCGCCCCGCUCCUGCCCCAACAACAGGAGCUGAUCCAGGAGCUGCAGAUAAAACUGAGAGACAUGGCAGCAGGAGUCUGUUUUCUGUGUGAUCGUCCUCCUCGUGUCUCCACCUCCUUCCUCAGUCGCCUCUCGCAGGCUGUCGGCGUCCCUCGACGCAGCCUGCUGGAGCUGCAGCCAUUCAGCCAGCCCUCAGACUCAGAGCAGAGCCUUCAGAGAGGUCAGAGGUUCAACAGCAGCACUGGCCGAUACACAGCGCCCGUCUCCGGCUUCUACCAGCUGACUGCCAGCCUCCUGAUAGAGUCUGGUGACAGAACUCAGGUCCGGAUCAGAGACAGUGUGAGAGCAGCGAUCUGCAUUGAGUCACUGUGUCAGAGCAACCUCUCUGUAGAGUCAGUGAUGGGCGUGGCAGCAGCUGGAGGAACAUUCAGCAUCUUAUUGACGGGAACUCUUUAUCUACAGGCCGGAGAGUACGUGUCUGUGUUCGUGGACAACGCCACCGGGUCGGCCAUCAGCGUCCUGCAGGACUCUCUCUUCUCUGGGAUCCUGCUGGGAGUCUGAACCUCGACCCCAUCAUCGCCUGACCUCAGAGCAGCACCUGUACAUCACCACCUGAACAGAUACAGGCUGAACCGGACUCCCUCUCCAUCUGGUACCGACGUGAUCUGGAUCAGUCAGGCAGGUGUCACAGGUCAUCUGGACUACAAGGAGCCGGAGGAGGUCACGUUAGACUUUAACAUUGUCCGCCAUUUUGACAGAGACGACUUUACAUCAUUUAAUAUUCAGAACAGGUCAUGAUGUCACCUGAGAUCAAAGACAGGAGCUCAUUAAUAUGCACAGUCCACCUGGACAGGUGGUCCAGGUUGCAGGUGAAUUACUGAAGGUCACAGUCGAUCGUCCUCGUGUCCAUCAUUCGUCUUUUUCCCGUCAGACCUCCAGCUUACAUCGUAGGCGAAGCUGCCCUGUGUGGACGGAGCCUGGACGUCACCUAGUGGACGUCAGAGGAACUGCAGUCCAAUGAAGAACCUGAACUCGACUGAUCUGUGGGAGCCGAUGAUGAUUUUUAUGGAUCUGACUUUUUAUUUCAAACAUUUCUUUAGUGAAUCAUCAGCCUGCUCAUUACAGUGACUUUAAUAUUAAUAUUUAUUCUCUGAAUGUCAUAAACAAGUUGUAAAUACUUCUAAUAAUAAAACUUCGUUCAUCAUGA